GAAAUGAUUGAAAGAUGACAGAUACCUCGCUCAUAUUGAUCAGCGGAGUUACACAAUAACUACACUGACGUGUCAAGAUGGCGGACCGACGGAACGAACUUUCAUACUCCAAGAUGAACAACCCUCGUUCUUCUCCUCAUGGAAUAUCCCUGACAAGUUUAUCAGAACCUUUGAACUUCGGUCCAGCUCUUGUACCUACUCUACAGCCAACAGGAACACCAACAAGCGUUUCUGCAUCAAACGAGGCAACUACAACUUCAUCGAGUGGAAGCCCAUCUCGCGGUCUGUUCCCCAUUGAUCCUGAUGCUGUUGACAGUUUUCUUGGUCAGCAGUCAUCCCCACCAGCAUCUUCAUCCAUUCAAACUCCGUCAUCAAAACCUCAAGCCCAGUCCUUCCUCUCAACAUCAUCAUCAAUGUCAUCUACACCACAGCAGAAAACACAGUCAGGACCAAAGCACUUUACCAUGUCAGGGGCUGGUCAUGAUAGCGAUAACUUUUUUACCCCAUCAACUCAAGCGCCGCCAUCAUUCAUGUCGCCAGCUGUAUCCAAGACAACACCCAGACCUCAAAUGUCCGUUUCUCCAUUGCCAUCUAUAGGCACAUCUAUGAAUAGUGGUAUACAAACUGGAAUGCGAGCCCCAGUGAUGUUCACACCCCCUGCACCAACAAGCACAAGUAGUCAGCCACUACUCUUCAAUCCAGCUUCCAUUGGAGGCACCCAGUCAACUAUCCGGCCACCAAUGUCAUUUCCAGCAUCGACACCCCCAUUGCAAACAAACUCCCCCCUUAUCCCCCCAGCGGGUCAACCUGGUCAGUCAUCAAGAAGGGUGUACCCACAGGCACCCCAGCAAAGUAGUUACACCCAACCGCAGUAUCCUGCACCAAGCAUUCCAUCAUUUCCACCACCCAUGAGCUCAUCAAUCUAUCAACCUGUUACCCAGUCCUCGACUCUGCCAUCAAGUACACAGCUACCCCAGUCAUCAUACCAACCAUCGGCAAUGAUACCAACAAUUCCGCAACACCAGACCCAGACAUUCUUACCUCAAAGAACCCAACAGUUCCCAUCAUACCCUGCUUCAGGAGAAGCCCCUGUGCUGCCAGUAGUUCAACAAGGGGAGUCGCAAGAAGGAGUCGUGCCGUCCAUGUCAGUCGCUCCUGUGCAACCGCAUUGGUUUUAUCUAAAAGACAGYAGRAUAUGGAUGCCGUUUUCUUUUAUAGACUCUGACAAUCUAGAACAUUCUCAUAGGGUAGCUGUCGAUGGAAAAGACAGAAUUGUUCCAACUGAUGGUGGGCGGUAUGAUGUUAGCUUAGAGAAGCGUUCAAGGGAGUCGGUGUACUGGGAGGAGCCUGCUACAGUUGUAAGGAGAUGUACCUGGUUUUAUAAGGGAGACGGUGGGACCAAAUUUAUACCUUACGAUGAAGAUAUUGCAGAGAAACUUGAGAAUGAGUUCCAGUCCACUGUACAUCAUAAUCUAUGGCCAAGAAGAAUUGACCUGAGUAAUGGUGAAUAUGUUAUUAUCCAUAAUACAAAUGUAAUGGUCCACUUUAAACCCAGUGAAGUCCAGGACUGGAGUGGAGAGGAUAUCAAAGCCAGGCCUAUGGUAGUGAGAAGGGGUAUCUUUGAUAUUGAGGACAGUAUAGAUGAUGGUGAGCCAUCUCAAAUAGACCAUCUAGUGUUUGUAGUCCAUGGUAUUGGACCAAUAGCUGACCUGCGCUUUAGAAAUAUUGUAGAAUGUGUUGAUGAUCUACGAAUGGUAACUUUGUCAAUGAUGACAGAACAUCAUGAUGAAUUAGCAAAAGGACGGACUAUUGGUCGCAUUGAGUAUCUUCCUGUACAGUGGCAUUCAAAACUACACAACGACUCCACUGGAGUUGACGAGAGACUUCAUUCUAUAUCACUAAAAAGUAUCACCAAACUAAGAGAUUUUACAAAUAGCACACUUUUGGAUAUUUUAUUUUAUACAAGUCCUACGUAUUGUCAGACGAUUGUGGAUGUUGUGGGAUCAGAAAUGGCUCGAUUACUGGAAAUAUUCAGAAAACGAAAUCCACUUUUCAAAGGCAAGAUUUCAGUGUGUGGACAUAGUUUAGGGUCGAGUAUUAUGUUUGAUAUCCUGUUUCACCAAAAAGAUGAGUCAAAACCACCAGCAAAGCCAACAGAACCAGAGUCAAAUAGUGAACCCACAAACCAGGAAUCAUCUGAGGAUGAAGAAGAUGAACCAGUUGCUACCAUUAGUGAUGUACUUAACCAACUGGGCUUACAAGAUUAUGAAGCAAUGUUUGAAUCAGAAAAGAUUGAUAUGGAAACUUUAAUCACAUUCAGUGAAUCAGACUUAAAAGAGAUGGAUUUACCAAUGGGACCAAGAAAGAAAAUCUCUGGUUUUCUCAAGCAACAUUCAGCAAACAUGGAGAAGAGCAGAUUGGAAAAAGCUGAGAGAGUAAAGGCCAAAGCAGCAGCCAAAGCAAAGAUUGAGGAACAGAGCAAGGAUAAUCUUGACAGUGCUUCAUGUUCUUCACUUGAAACUGUUGAAAGUGUUGAAGUUCUUUAUCAUCUUGGUGUUGCUGGAACUGGACAACCUAAUGUUAGAUACCCUAAGUUAGACUUCAAACCGUUUGCCAUGUUUGCAUUAGGUUCACCUAUAGGAAUGUUUAUGACUGUCAGAGGUGUGGAUCAUUUAGGACCUGACUAUCAGCUCCCAACAUGUCAGAAAUUUUACAACAUUUUCCAUCCUUUUGAUCCAGUUGCUUACCGAGUUGAACCRUUGGUGGACUCAACCUUUGCACUGAGGCCUGUAAUGCUGCCUCACCAUAAAGGAMGAAAACGUAUGCACCUAGAGUUGUGGGACAAUCUCAGUCGAUUUGGUGCUCAGCUGAAAGCAACACUUCAUGACUCUGUGAAGAGCACCCUAGAAUCAAUCAAUGAAUUUGCAAGAGCUCACACAACAACUGUAGAAGUGGCUCAAGAAGUACAAGUUGAACCACCKUCACCUGCWCGYUCWGCUGCAAGUGAUUCAUCAGAAGAUGAAAGAACACGUCAUGAGUUAACCAUCAAGAUUGGUCAACUAAAUGGUGGGGAUAGAAUUGACUAUGUACUACAAGAAAAGCCUAUUGAGAGUCUAAAUGAAUAUCUGUUUGCCCUKAGCAGCCAUGUUUGUUACUGGUUAGUAUGGAUGUUUUCAUGUAAUGAAAAGAAAACAGCAGUAUUUGGUUGA